CGCCGCCACGGCCAGUGGAGGCGCCGCCGCCCCACGAGGGGGCGCCUGUGGCCGCGAGGCUGCUGGCGGCCGCCGAGCCCGUGGGGCCGCCGUGGCCAGACGCGCCGCGCAGGGAACCGCCGCGCCCGGUGCCGCUGCCUGGCGACCGGAAUGCCGCUGAUUCGACGCAGACGCCCAGCACGGCUUCGAUCACCACUGGUAUGGAGCCGGUGGAGCUGCGGCCGGGCCUUCCCGUGAUGGCCAAGUUCCACGGGAGUUGGCACAAGGCGCGCGUGUUCCGCCCCGUCCCGCCAGGCAGCCAGGUGGUCCAGGUGUUGUGGGUGGAGGACAACCCUCAAACCUGCAGCGACAUCGAGGUUGGGCCGGACAUCCUGUUUACCCUUCCAACAUGCGCGCCCCCUGAGCGGGAGGGGCCCAGCCUGCCGCCGCUGCAGCUGCCGCUCCGCCCCCCGGGGCGUGGCACCCCGCCCGGGCCCCACCCCACGGUGCACGCAGCCGCGUCCACAGAGCACCCGUGGGACGUGGAGGGCACGGUGCGCAGCUUCUGAGGGCAGCCCCAGUUGUACGGCGUCAGCGGCUCCGGGGGAACGCACCACAUCUCGAAGGACGACUACAGCUUCAAGGCCGGGCGCUCCCGCCGGAGGUGCGGCGGCGCGCCGCCGCGAGCGGAGCCCGCGCGGAGAGUCGGCGCUCUAGCCGUCUGCGCGCGGGCGCGCGCUGUCGCCGCGGCGGAGGGCCCGCGCCGGGGAUGCGCUCCCCUCUCGUGAUUCUUAGCACGCGGCCCGUAGGACGGCACGCGGCCCUCAGGCAGGGCAGCGAUCGCACGCGGGUGCUCCUCUUUGGGAGGGCGCGCGCGCGCGGCCAGCCGCUAGCUUGCGCGAACACCCUGCAUGAGGUAUAGGGCAGUGUGUCCGCGAGCGCCCGCACUAAAUGGAAGGCGACGACACCUAUCCAGGCG